AUGGUCCCCAGCGGCCUCCCAUUCGCCACCCUGCUCGCUAGAACGUCCGAGGUCGACAUACGUGCGCGCGCCGAACAUAGCCGCUCCGCCACAUCCCUCGUACCGCCCAAGACCCCCAACACACGCCCCCGCUCGCCGUCGAUGGACGCAGCGGGCCCGUCCUCCUCAACUCCCAAGGGCCCCUCACCAUGCCUGGCGCCGCCCAAAGAGUCGUCCCCGUCGUGGUGGGCAACGACCAAACAGAAGCUUUCGCCGACGAAGGAGCGGGAGAAGGCGCCGUGGGCCACGCCGCCGAGCAAGGAUCGAGCCAAGGAGAAGGAGCGCGAGAAGCAUCUGUCGCCCGCGCAGCGCGUGAUCGAGGAGGCGCGGGCGCGGGCGCGGGUGGAGGAGAGCAUGCGCGCGCUUGAGGAGGAGCGCGCGCUGGAGGACGCGCGCGCGCGGGACAUGGCGAUGCUGCGCGCGCAGGCGAGGGACCGAGAGGACAGCAGCUCUUCGGGGGCGACCGACGGGGGCUACACGAGCGCGGCGUCCGCCUUGACGAGGAGCGCGUCGGCGGUGACGAGGAGCGCGUCGACGGCGACCGGCAGCCCCUCCACCCGCGCCCCGUCGACCUCGGAGCAGCCGGUGAAGCUUCUCGCGCGCAAGCCCGUCCCACCCAUGUCCCCGACUUCGCCCUCCCCUAUCAUCCCAACGCGCCAUCCUGCGCCCGCGCGCCCGAAGUCGUUCACGACCGCGCCGAACCUCGACCUGCGGCGCAGCUCGGCGAAUCUGGCGGAGACGGCGCCGCUGCACUUGGGGAGGAAGGAGGGUGAAGGCUCGUCCCGAGGCGGCGCGCGAGUCGCCUUCAGCGGGGUCGAUACACAUAUUGGGCAGGGAAGUACCCCCGACACGCAUCAUAGGCGGGCGAGUAGCCCUGGGACGCAUCCCAGUCGACCGAGCGUCGACGUGCAUCACCGGCAACUCAGCCAUGAUGGGCACCCGCGGCAGGCGAGCACGGCAAGCGACACGUCCAGCGGGUCGUCGUUCACGACAGCGGUGGCUGACCCGGCGGCUCUGCGGGUGAUGAAUGCGUCGGAGGGGAGGGCAGGAGAGGAAUCGGAGGGUAAAGCUGAGGUCACGUCAGGCAGCUAUCCCACACGGCUUGUCGUGGACCCUUCGGCAUCGAACCCCUUCAACGCGUCAAGCACCUCCCUACCACAAGAGACCGCGCGCAGGCUGCCCACGACGCCCAGCCGAGCGGCGGGCACGCGGACUCACCAAGUUGCGGGCGAUGAUGGAACCAAUGGUCGUGCGCCGAUCCGCGAUGCGACAGCCGCUUGCGGAGUACCGCCUGCUCAAGGUCCACCCCCUCCAGAUACACCGUCUGCCCGAGUUCCGGCACCUGCUCAAGAGAUGCCUCUUCGCGAGAGGAAGGACAGCAACGCUCCUAGCGCUCUCCCGUCGACCGUCAAGUUCUCUCCCGCGGGCGCGCUCGAUGUGCCCGCGACCGUGCUCGAGGUCGCGCGCAGGCUUGAGAAGCUAGAGAACUGGACCGUCAAGCAUGUGCACGCGCUCGAGGAACGCAUGGGCUCGGUGGAGCGGCGCCUUGUACGGGAGAAAGUUGCGGAGCUAAAGGAGACCGGGCAAGCUAAGAGCACCUCCGGCGAGUUGACGAGCAAGGAGACGGGGACCAUCGAGUCGACAGGCAAGGAGAUCGAGCCCAUCGGGUCGACAUGCAAGGAGAUCGAGCCCGACGCGACCGACGCGAUGAUCUCCGACGGCAAGGUUGCGGAGUCAGACGCCCUCGAUCCCUCGAGCGGCAAGCUUUGUGGCAAGACUGCGGAAUCAGAGCUCUCCUCGAUUCGCGCCGAGCUGGGAGAGUUGCAGACGCGCAUCGGUGAUCUGGGGCGUGACAUGGCAGUGGUCGCGCGCGAGAUGGUGCGGGAAGAGGUGAAGAAGGCGAUGGAGGACGCACCUUCCGCGAGCCCGCCUCGUGAUCAGGACGAGCAGGCCAUCGCGGCCGUUCAGCGCGACGUGCAGGAGGUCAGGCGCGAACUGCAAGACAUCCGAAGCGAGGUCGCGAAGGCGUCGCAGGACGUCGAAGAUGUUCGCGAGGACGUGAACGGGCUCCGCCGCACAUCGUCGGGUCUGAGCCGCGAGGUGGAGGGCGUGUCGAGGGCGGCGGCGAAUCUCGAGCGCAGGGUCGAGGAUCUCGCGCGGGAGAUGGAGCAUCUCUCGCGGGACGUCGUGCGCGGGGAGCUCGGGCGGCAGGUCAGCGAGGUGCGCGGGGACGUGCAGAGCGUGUCGCGGGACAUUUCGAGCGCGCGGGGGGACGUCCAGAACACGGCGCGGGACGUGCAGAGCGUGCGCGGGGACGUGCAUGAUGUGCGGAGGGAUGUCCAGAGCGUGUCGCGCGACGUGCAGGACCUUCGGCGAGAUGUGCAGGACGUGCGCAGGGAGAUGGCGCGGUUGGCGUCGCCGCCUAAUGAGUCUUCGAUGAGGUCGACGGCGGUGUUGGCUAGCGCGGAGCGCGCGUCGAUGGAGGGGAGGAGCAGUUCAGAUUCGCCUGAAGCAGCGGGCUUAUAUACAGGGCGCUCAUGGCGACCGAGGAGUCUUCCCACCGUGGAUCGACACGCGACAGCGAAGGUCGCAGAAAACACGGACGACGCUUUUAGAAGUCGCAUAGCGGCUUUUGAGGAAGCUCAUGAAGCGGUCCCUGCAAAGAAGGCAUCACCACCCAGAAUCGAUAUUCUCGCGUCAAGGUCAGACGGCGUGGUGGAAGCUCAGGCUUCGGCUUCUCCGACGGCUCAGGCGGGUCCUUUAGUUUCAGAAGCAGUGCCCCCGGUAGAGGUUGCGUCGAAUGAGUCCUCUUCGCCACCUACCUCCACGGACGCAACGUCAUCGACUACAGCCACCAAUACGUGGCCUCCAUCGCCCUCGUCGACCUCUGUAUCCUUCUCGACGGCCUUGGACACAUCUACGGACCCAGUCAAGCAGGAUGAAGCAACGCCUUCACCCACUGCUCCCUUUUCCCCUUCGCUCGCGCUCGGCAGGUCCUCAACUCUGACUCCCGUGCGUCGCGCGCCUUCAGUGACUGCGCGCGAGUCGACCAGUCCGCCUAUGCGCUCGGUCGCGGGUACCUGGAGCUCAGGGAGUGGUAGCAAUGGCACGCGAUCCGUCGGCGGUACGUGGAGCGCGAGUCGGGCGGGCUCUAGCAGUACGCGACAGACCUUCGGAGGUGGGACGCGGUUGCCGUAUCCUACUGGCGAUUAUGCGGAUGACGCAAGUGACGGUUCGCCUAGAGGAUCCUUGACUUCGCCGCCUCGCGCCUCUUCGCUGCCGAUACGAACAUCAGAGGCCGCAGGGGCAUCGGAGUCAUCCACUUCAACGCGGAUGAGGGCGCGACCAUUGUCUGCAGCUGCGCUCAAGCCUACUCCAUCUAUGACUGGCUUGCCUUCGGCGUCGUUGUCCGACUCCGCCUUGACGUCGGUGUCUGGGUUGCCAUCGUCGUCGUAUGGAAGUUCAUCGACGAGCGGGAAUGACCCGAGCUCAUCGUCUCCAUCGUACGGCUCAAGGGGUGAUGCAAGGGCAUGCUAUGACGAGGCCGCCGGUCUAUCCACUGACGGGGCGCCGAGCUCGGCGAGCAUUACAAGGACAACAUUGGUCGACUCGCGAGCCCAGCGAAGUAGCGCUCCGCCUUCGAGCAAUACGCGCAGCGCCUACAACCCAUACACUCCGCCACGAGCGCCUUUCGCACGGUCCAGCCCGAUACUGUCUCCGCUCAAGCGAUACACGGUCGCGCUGGGCGAGCCGAUCACGGGAAGGCGGGCAGAGGAGCGGAACGAGCAGGAAGAUGAGGAAGACGACGAAGAGCAAUACGUGACGCCCAUGCAGUCCCCGACUCCGGCGGCCCGCGCAUCGCGCUCGCAGUACUCGUCGACUGGAUCUCGAUUAGCGAUUGAGACGGCAGCGUCGCCGAGUGCGCCAAACGAAUGUGACCCCAGCAGUCCACCCCAUCCCGAGCGCGAAACGGAGGACCCCACUCCCGGUGUCGACGAGGAUGCUGGCGAGCGCGCGGACAGGGUAUUCAGCAGCAAUCGAGCAACUCGCACGGACGAUGCCCCUGCCACCGAGCCCCCGCUCUCUCGCGCGCGUUCGAUGUACUCAGCACCGAGGGCUCCUUCGCGCUCGCGGUCGAUCGAGCGGGGCAGGGUAUUCGGCACCUCCUCGAGCUCGACGGCGACGACGCCGAUGAGUUCUACACCGACGACCCCGACUGCGGACCGCUCGACGAGAACCAGUCAGUUCAUCGACCCGUACGUCUUGCGGCGCCAGGAGCGCGAGGGCACAAGCAAGGUGGCGAUGCCGCGCCCGAUCGCGAAGGUUCCGAUUAACCAGCUGGUGGCAUUCUUCGAUGGGGAGAGAAGAUGA